UUUGUUUUAUAGGCUGGAGCAUUGGAUUUGCUCAAAGAGCUUAAGAAUAUUCCCAUGACUCUGGAAUUACUACAGUCUACUAGAAUUGGAAUGUCAGUUAAUGCUAUUCGUAAGCAGAGUACAGAUGAAGAAGUUACAUCUUUAGCAAAGUCGCUCAUCAAAUCGUGGAAAAAGUUAUUAGAUGGACCAUCGACUGAUAAAGACUCUGAGGAAAAGAAAAAAGAACCUGCAGUUCCAUCCCAGAAUAGCCCUGAAGCAAGAGAGGAAAGUAGUUCCAGUGGCAACAUAAGCAGCAGAAAGGAUGAGACAAAUGCUCGAGAUACUUACGUUUCAUCUUUUCCUCGGGCACCGAGCACUUCUGAUUCCGUACGAUUAAAGUGUAGGGAGAUGCUUGCUGCUGCUCUUCGAACAGGAGAUGACUACAUUGCUAUUGGAGCUGAUGAAGAAGAACUAGGAUCUCAGAUUGAGGAAGCUAUAUAUCAAGAAAUAAGGAACACAGAUAUGAAAUAUAAGAAUAGAGUACGAAGUAGGAUAUCAAAUCUGAAAGAUGCAAAGAAUCCAAACUUAAGGAAAAAUGUACUGUGUGGCAAUAUUUCUCCUGAUUUAUUUGCUAGAAUGACAGCAGAGGAAAUGGCUAGUGAUGAGCUAAAAGAGAUGCGGAAAAACUUGACCAAAGAAGCCAUCAGAGAGCAUCAGAUGGCUAAGACAGGUGGAACUCAGACUGACUUAUUUACAUGUGGCAAAUGUAAAAAGAAGAAUUGUACUUACACACAGGUGCAAACUCGUAGUGCGGAUGAACCAAUGACAACAUUUGUUGUCUGUAACGAAUGUGGAAACCGAUGGAAGUUCUGUUGAGUUGGAUGGAUUGGCAAAAUAUCUGGACCAUUAAGAAAAUGGAUUUUGUAAUUAGCUUUAAACUAAGUCAAGUAACUAGUUUUCCUGCAAGUUGGAUUUUUAAAGCAGCAUACUUCCUACAUACAUCCCUUGGGUUAGUCUUCGUUUGUAACCUAACUUCCCUUCCUCAAAUGCCUUCUGUAGUUUCAGAUCAAUAGGGAGGCCACAAUACUGGUAUAUUGGUUUCAAACUUUUUUUCAUUUUUGUAAGUAGAUUGAUAUUAAACUUUUAUCAACUAAACUUUUGGCAAUUUUAUUAUUUUUUUUCUUCCUAAAGGACAUGUUAACUUUUUUAUAGUCUAAAACAUGCACACAUGUACAGUAGAAAUUCUGUUAUUCUGUUAAUACAUAAAUAGAAAGUACUUUGUUUUUCAUAACUGGUAUGUACCUAUGAGGAGAAAAGGUAAUAUAUUAGUUUUACCAAACAUAUAAUACUUGACCAGCUUAUCAAUACUGUACAUAUUUGAACUAGUAUAUGAUUUUGACUUAAUUAUUAUGUCCACAAUCCUUGAGUAUUAUUUUGCAUCUGUAACUAACCAUGAUCAUCAUUUCUUAUAUUUCCCAUACAUGUAUAUUAACUUCUCUUAAUAGAUUUUACUCUCAGAAAUCAGUUUGUUUUUAUUGUUUAUUUGCCUGUCUGGCUUUUCAGUGUAUUUAGUUUUGUAGAAGAAUUAUUGUUUGGUAGGCUUUUUCAUGAAUUUUCUCAUAGGCAAAAAGCAAAAGCUUCUGAUAUAUAUUUUUCUCCUCAUAGGAAUAAUACUGGGAAGGAACUGUUGGCAUUUUAGUAUAAUGUAGCUGUUGUAAACAGUUCUUAACUUGAUUUUGACUUGGAAAUCUAUACUGACCAAGAAUUAAGCAUAAGGACCAUAUAUAAGUCAUUAAAGCUGUAGUCUCCCAAUGGAGAUAGAAGGUGUUUUUAUCCUGAGUCUUACAUGCUGACUUUCCUGUCAUAUUAUGAAUAAGAUUGUUCAAUGAAUUGAAACAUGGGCUAUAGAAAGUAGUUUUACAGUAUAGAUCUUACAAUGAAGUUUUGCUUUUAAGUUUGUACCAUUUGUUCUGUUAGGAAUAAGAAAUGAUGGGUUUACAUGCUUCUUUGGGAUUCUCUCUUAAAGGCCACUAUUACAGUCUCUCAUUUAUCAUGCUGAGACUUCCUCCUUUCAGACAAUUGUGGAGAGAUACUUGUACCCACUUUGUACCUUCCUUCUGUUUCUACUGCAGAUCAUUUUAACAGAUACAGAAAACAACAUUGAAAUGUCCAUGUUAUGGAUUUGUCCAUGGGUACCAACACACCUUUACUUUGUUAGUUUUGCGCUAUCACUUUAAAGUACAUUUUUGAAAGAAUGAGUAUAAUAAUAAAGUUAAAAUAAUCCCAUUUUUAAAUUAAGUGAUCCGUUUAAAAUUUGUAAUUCAAUAAAGCUUUUUGUUGUUGUUA